UGGAGGACUCCGCAUAAAAACGACUGAGACGCUUAAAACGGGAACCGGAAGUGCACUUGUCUCCCUUUUUUCUCUAUGGUUGAUUGGAGGAAAGCGAGGGAGAGCUUUGAUGCUGAAGCAGUUUUUGUCAUGCGGUUUCGAGCGAAGAUUAUAGACGUGGGAUGUCUCAAUCAUUUCACUCGUGUGAUAAGCACAAUUGCUAAAUUAGCUAAAACUUGUAUCCUGCGGCUUACUUUGGAUAAACUUUACUUCAUCCUCAGUGACAAAGUGGCAAAUGGCGGUGUUAGCAUGUGGUGUGAGCUUAACCAGAUGAACUUCUUUGAUGAAUUCCAGAUGGAGGGUGUCUCUGCAGAAAAUAAUGAAAUUUAUUUAGAACUGGCACCUGAAAACCUCUCCAGGGCUUUUAAAACUGCUCAAAAUGCCAAGACAGUGAAAAUCAAAUUGACUAAUAAACAGUGUCCUUGCCUUACAGUAGCCAUGGAGCUGCCUUCCUUGUCAACUAGUAGCCGCAUUGUGACUCAUGACAUUCCUGUAGGAGUUAUCCCCAGAAAACUGUGGAAUGACUUCAGAGAACCCAGUGUGCCCAACUUCGAUGUCAGUAUUUAUUUACCUGUGCUGAAGACAAUGAAAUGUGUUGUGGAAAGAAUGAAAAAUCUCAGCAGUUCUGUUGUAAUAGAAGCAAAUCUAAAUGGAGAGAUGGAAUUGAAAAUAGAAACUGAUCUAGUGUGUAUUACAACUCACUUCAGAGACCUUGGAAAUCCUCCCUGGGUAUCUUGGGAUGACUCUCAAAACUCUACUCACGAAAGAGACCCUAUGAAUAUGGCUGAGGCACGCAUUGAUAUUAAGAGACUUCUCCAGUUCCUUGCAGGGCAACAAGUCAACCCCACAAAAGCACUGUGUAAUAUUGCAAGUAACAGAAUUGUUCAUUUCAUCUUACUACAUGAGGACGUCUCUCUUCAAUAUUUCAUUCCAGCCCUCGCAUGAAUUGAAAAGUUGUUCCAGCAUAUCCUCAAGUUGUUGAAAUAGAUUAAAAAGAAUGAAGGGAAAGAUGCUCUCUCUCUUAUUAAAAUUGUAGCCAAUUUACUCUCUUUCUGAGUGGAUGGAAUAUUAUUUAAAAAUCAGCAGAGAAUGUGGGAAGAGAAUAAGAACAGAAUUAAAGAAAUAAAUCAUUUGUUUUUACCUAUUUAGGAAUGAUGAUCUUUUCAAAAUCUCAUUUUAAGUUAUGAAAACACAGAUGUUUUGAAACUACUGUCAAAUAGCUAUCUCUAGGAUAUGUGACUUUUAGUAGAAAGAGUGCUUUUUACCCAAAUUAAGAGAAAAUAUCUUGGAAAAAUAAUGAACUCUUAUCUAAUAGAUUCAAUUAAGCAUUGGCCUAGAUAGUUAAUGUUUUGAUGAGGGUAUCAUAUAAAUGAAGCAAAUUACAUCAUUCAUAAUAUUUGCAUGCAACAAAUGUAUUACGUGGAAUAAAUAUCUGUUCCAAUGUAUACAAAAGAUGUAAAUUGCAGCAAAAAAUGUUAUACUGCAUGCAAGUCCAUUAUAUCAAAUUUUGAUUUUAUAAAGCUUAUAAACUA